UCUGGCUGUCGCUUGGCUUCGUGUGGCGGGCAUCGGUUUCCUUCGCCAGUAGAGUAGUAGGACUCGUUCGGUGAGGUUAAGUACAGUGUGUGCGUUUGGUAUUCUUGUCAUUACGAUCACCUCAUGUCUGCCACCAAACACCAGGAGAACUACUCAACUGAAGAGAAGACAAGAAAACAAAACGUGUAUGUAAUUUUUGUAAUCGUGACGGCAACUGGAAAAAAUGGAAAAUUCUGUAUACCGGCAUCACAGUCAUCGGCCAUCCGUCCACACUUCUAAAUUGUAGAAAUUUUAUCGUGGUCAUGUGUGUGAAAUAUGCAAUUUUAGCUUCACUUGUCGACACGGCGUUGUGCCUGCAGUGAUGUGUUAGUGUAUUUCUGUAUUCUGAGGAUUUGUUGAUUCUUUCACGAGGGGGUUACCGACCGCACAGUGAUUAAUAAUACCAUUAUGUGUGAAUUCUAAUGUUGUAUGGUAAUCAACAUUUUUUAUUGUGGCUUCUUGUCGAUAAACCGCAUAGCCAUAUUCUAAAUGGUUUUGAAGGGGAAACAGGUGCGUGGUUGGUAUUGAUCGGUGAGGGCUACUGCAAAAGGAGAGGGUUGUACCAUGAAUGUGCUUCCAGCAUCAAGAGCAACAGCUUCGUGUGUGUAGGCCUAAAAGUGUGUAUGUAGUAGCAGCCAUGCUAGUAUAACGUGUUUGGAAAGAGCACGUGUUCAAGUGUAGUUCUGUGUUCAAAGCCAAUAUGUCAAUACGUGUUAGUGGUGUGUAUUUGGUUCCUUCACCAGGACAGCCAUCGUCUCCUGAGAAGAGUGAUGGCACAGGAAAUUGUGGUGUAGUGGCUGUUGUUAAACCAACGGCUGUGACAAUAGUAACGCCACAGCGGAGCAACAGUUUGGAUUAUUUGAAUUUUGAAGAGAAGCGGCAGUUAAUAGCAUCUUCACUAUCGCUUUCAGACUUUCUGCAUCAUGGGCCUGCUGCGGCAGCCAAAGGUGUAGCAGCUACAAAAGUCAUCGUUGCGAAGAAGCAAAAUGGGGCGGCCAUACGAACGAACAGUCUUGGAUCAGGAACGAGGACACCUCCAUUGGAAAGGAAAAGCAAAUUCUCCGCUCUAGGAAGGUUAUUCAAGCCAUGGAAGUGGAAAAGAAAGAAAAAAUCCGACAAAUUCGAAGCAGCUUCACGAUCCUUGGAGCGGAAGAUAUCCGUAAGGGCCAACAGGGACGAACUUGUACAAAAGGGUAUUCUCAUGCCAGAGAGUCCCUCUUCCCCACUUCCCGAGCCAGGUGCCGAAGUCGCCUCGUCUUUCCCUCCUAGCAGCGGCACAGUUAUCGUCCCGUCGCCUCGUCAACAACACCAGACGCCGUCCUUGCCGUUGCAUAUUCCUCCGCCCGCCGCCGCCACAGAACCGAAGAAGGAUAAGACUGAACAGGCAAAUGGGUCCAUAUCACCAAGCAGUGAUCCACCAGAGGGGCCAGCGUUAUCGUCUCCUGGUGGUGAUCCUAGUUCAGCAGCUGGAGUUGGAGUUAGUAAACCAGAAAGACCAUCGUCUCUAGGCCCAGGAAAGUUGACCCGACGUCUACUGUGUUACCACAGUGAACACUGCAUGUCACAUAGCUCACCACCACGCCCCAACAGUUUGGCAGCAGCUGCCAGUGCCAGUGCCCCCGAUGACCACACAAGUGAUGUGACUCCACCCCCUACAGAGCGCCACCCACAUCACCAUCAGCACUUGCAUCCUAACACUUUGACACUUUCAGAACUACCUGAGCCUCCAAUCCCCGUUUCAGAAAUUGGACCCAUUCCCCCACCUCCCAUGUUCAGUUCCCCGAGCCCAACCAUGCUCCUACGCCAGAAGAAUCAGCUGGGGUUUGGAGUGGGCGUUGGCAGCGGAGUGCACAAUGCUGUACCUCUUGACCUCUCGGACUUCCUCUAUGAAGAACAGGAAGAUGGGGGCGGUGACGAUGAGGAUGAAGAGGACGAAGACGGCGAUGCACGAUAUAUGUUCAGAGUGCCACAACCUGAUCCAAGCAUUGACACCUCACGUGUGGAAGAGAUACCAGCCAAGGAGCCCAAGUUCCAUGCUGUACCACUCAAGUCAGCCAAAAAAAAAGGGGGAGGAAGUGGACCUGGCACCCCUCAGAAUACUCCCACACAGGAGAGCCGGCCUCUUGCCCUGCGGCAGGAACAUCACGCCUCAUUCAAAAGGCCUUCUUCUAUUCCAAGAGUAAGAAUAAGUACACGUCCAGUGCGGUUUGGUAUUUCAUUGCCAUGUGGUAUGGAGAACAAGGAGAAUGCCCGUCCAGCAUACAUCAUCCGGGAAGACACAGACAGUGAUUCGGGCGAUGGCCCUGUUCUUUACAGAGAUGACGAUGACGAGGAAAGCCGUUUGGCAGCAAAGAUAGCGAGGAAGGACAGUCUGGCUCUGAAACUGGCAUUACGCCCCAAUCGCCAAGAGCUCAUAGCACGCAACAUCAUCCACGAGGAGAGUGAAAAUGAGAGAAUGGAGACCAAAGAGGCCAUAGGAGCCAGGCUUAUCAGGCGUUUGAGCAUGCGGCCUACCCAGGAAGAACUAGAAGAAAGGAACAUUCUUAAAAAACAAAGUGCUGCUGAGGAAAAGAAAAUGAAGGAAGAGAAAAAGCGAAUGUUAUUGAGGAAGCUAAGCUUCAGGCCAACAGUGGAAGAGUUGAAGGAAAAGAAGAUAAUCCGAUUUAAUGAUUAUAUUGAGGUAACUCAAGCUCACGAGUAUGAUCGUCGUGCUGAUAAACCCUGGACAAGACUUACACCCAAGGACAAAGCAGCUAUUCGUAAAGAGCUGAAUGAGUUCAAAAGUUCAGAGAUGGAGGUGCAUGAAGAUAGUCGACACCUCACCAGAUUCCAUAGGCCAUGACAAUUGCAAAGCCUAGGCCAAGAGAAGCAUUGGACCAUGGCGGAGUUGAGGCUGAAUGUGUGUGAGACAGUGACAGGUGGGAGUGUUGCACUUCUGAUUGUAGCAGCGGCUCAGGAGUAUGUGAGCCAGCUGGGAAUCGAAGGAUGCGGGUAGUGGUACAGUGGGCUGAGUUCAUGCUGCCAAUGGUACACCUUCAAGUGUCUCAAGAAACUCAUCACAAUCAUGCAUACUCAACUUUGCCGCAGUUAUGUACAGAAGUGUUUUUUUAUUAAAUCGAAUCACCUCUGUUGAAUAUUGAUAAUUUCAUAUAAAUAGUGCAGAUUUUUGUGUGUAAAAAGCGAUGCAAUUUUCUGUGUACAUAAAGCUGUUAUGUUGAGUCACUGCAACCAUUUUUGAAAAGAUGGUUGUAAACAAAGUAGUGCUUUUUUUGGCACACCUAGGACAGAUUUUCUGUUCAUUACUUGAUCAGACAUUUACUUCUUUAAGUCUUUUUCUACAACAGAAUAAGAAUUGUUGAUGAAAUGAAGGCAUAUUAUGGACAGGACAAAUUAAGGAUAAUACUAUCCAAAUUGAUUUGCCAUUCAAGGUGGGAAAGCCGUGGAUGAACUACGGCUGUGCUGUUUCAUCACACAGCAGUUGGGAUCCUACUGGCAGCCCUCACGAUAGGAAGCCAUUCUUAUAACUUUUUAAGUGAUACAGGAAUUAUAUUUUGUCAUGUAAAUAACUAUUCAUCUACUCUACAGUUAUGCAACUGUUGAUAAAAUGCUAGGUACAAUAGAAUUUACAACACAUUUGGAUACAACAGAUAUAACUGUUCCAAUUUCAAAAUGUAUAGAUAUGUACUAAAGAUCUCCCAAAUUCCAGAAGUUUGUAUAUAGUUAAUCGAAUAUAUCGUCAUCAGUUAGUCGCAUCUCCCCCUCAGUGAAACUUUUUAUAUAAAAUAAAUCUAUGUUGCCAAAACAGAUAUUGUGUAUUUUAUGGGCAGUAACAUUUUUGUGAGUAAUUUUUAGGUCAGUUGAACAAUACAUACAUAAAUAAACUGUUCCAUUAUUAAUGCUAUUGGUAAUGACACUGUUAUUACUAUUAACUUCGCAAUACAGUAUUUGAUUUUCAAACAA